AGUGUUCGUUUAUUCUCGAACUUAACCACCAACGGAACAAACUGAUUGAAAAUGAAAUUAUUAAUUGGAUUAAUUUUCACAGCUUUUGUGCUUCAGGCAUUGGCAAUGCCAGCUGUUGAAGAGGCUCAAACAUCAGAAGUUAAGCCAAAAAAUGAUGUUGUUGAUGCUUUUCGCGAUGAAAUUAACCGCUGGUUUGCUCAAUAUCAAACCUUUUAUGACAGAACCAACGCUGCCUUGAAAACGUACCGUCUUCUCCAUGUUGAAUUAGUUGAAUCGAUCUAUAACCAGAUGAUGACAGUAUUGGGAAAUAGCAUUGAUACCGUCCGUAUGUUGGCUUACGAUUUAGAUGAUCUCCUUGAUGCCAGAAUACAAGAAGUGGGAAUGAAUCAAUGCUUACAAAAUAUUAUGGACGAACGCGAUCAAAAUGCUGCAUUAGUUGGAAGAAAUAUUCAAGGGUGUGCACUCACCGCCAACACCACAUUAUCUACCUUGUUGGCUGAAGUUUUCUACCCAACAUUUGCUGAAGUUCAAGUUCAAACAUCGCAAGUGCCAAUAUCAGUCAUUGAUGUAUUGUCACGCGGAAACGUUUUGGAAGAUGAACAAGCAAUUCUUCAAUACUUGGAAGAUCGUUACGCAGUUUACGAAAUGCAAUGGCUUUCAUUAGUGUCGCAAUUGUUAAGAUGGGAUUCAAAUCGUUUCGAGACUGAGGGACUAUUUAAGGUUGAUGAGAUUGAUAUUUGCAUGGCACAAGGCACUGAACAAUAUCUUCUCACAAUGUCACGCCUCGAAGGCGAAGUUCAAAACUGUUAAAAACUUUAAAAAUAUUUAAAAGAGAAUAAAAUUUGAUCAUGAAAUUUGGAA